GGGUGUCUUUGUAAUCCCACUGAAGUGGCUACCAUAGCAUAAGAGAUCCUGCUCUCUAUUUCUGUCUCCAACAUGAAUUCAACUAAUUUUUCCAUUCUUCUGCCAGUAUUACCCCAAAGUCAAAACAGCAGCUGGAGAAGGGGUAUCCUAUCCAAUUUCUCAGAUCACUGCCAGAAUUCCACUGACAUGAAUAUCUUCCUGGUCAUUGCUUAUAGCUUGGAGACCUUCAUAGGUAUCUUAGGCAAUCUGUGCCUAGUGAGCGUGGUGAUUAGACAGAGGGAGAAAGCCAAUGUAACUAAUAUCCUCAUUGCAAAUCUGGCUUUCUCAGACUUUAUUAUGAGUCUUUUUUGCCAACCUUUUACCCUCAUCUAUACCAUCAUGGACUACUGGAUCUUUGGGGAUGCCAUGUGCAAAUUGUCUGCCUUCAUCCAAUGCAUGUCAGUCACAGUAUCUGUCCUCUCUCUUGUUCUGAUUGCCCUGGAAAGACACCAUAUGAUCACCAACCCCUUAGGCUAUAUGCCCAACAUGGUUCACGCUUACCUAGGGAUCGUGGGCACCUGGCUCAUUGCCUGCUUCUUAGCUAUGCCCUUCAUAGCCAAUAGCGUCUUGAGAAAUGUAUUCCAAAACAACCAAUCCAGAGCCAUGGAUUUUUUAGUGGAUAAGGCUGUUUGCACAGAAUCCUGGCCAACGGAUCAGCAGAAAUCCAUUUAUACCAUCCUCUUGCUGUUCCUCCAAUACUUUGCACCUUUGACUUUUAUCAUGGCAUGCUACCUGCGGAUCCAUUGCCGCCUGAAGAGGAGAAGGGACCUUUUCAAGAAAAAUGAGCACUCCUUGGGAGUAGCACAGAUGAAAAGGAUCAACUCAGUGCUUCUGUCCAUGGUAGCGGCUUUUGCCAUUUGCUGGUUACCCCUGCAUGUUUUCAACAGUCUCGAGGACUGGUAUCAUGAAGCUAUUCCCAUCUGCUAUGGGAAUCUAAUUUUUUUAGUGUGUCAUUUGGUAGCCAUGGCAUCCACCUGUGUCAACCCCAUCAUCUAUGGAUUUUUGAACAGUAACUUCAAAAAGGAAAUGAAGCCAUUGUUCCUCAUUUGUCAGAGUAAGCCUUCAAAGGAAAUCUAUGAACAGCUACCUCUUUCAACCAUGCAAAGUGAGAUUUCAAAAGAAUCUUUCAAGUCAAGUUCUGAGCCCAAUCCUAUAUAGCACCUUGGAGAGGAGCCACUGCUGCACCAGCAGGUACCACUGUCCCCAUGUAUCCUCUGGCUUGGGAGAAGCAGAAACACACUGCUUGCUAAUGGCAGCCUAGGAAACCUGAUGAAAGACAAUCUAUCUGCAUUGCGGCAUCUCAGAUGAAAACAAUCUAGUUGCUCAUUCCUAGGCUUUUACUAUUUGAAAAUACUCAUGGCUUUUUUUUCCCCAGUAGAUGCUCCUUCUCUACAUGGAGGAAUACCUGAGAAGGUUGUCUGCAUGUAGGACAACCACCACAACAAAAGUCACACACUUCUCUGCUCAUAAACCUCUUCCCACUUAGAUGGGUUGUUUUUCAGA